GUUGGCACUAAAAACAAGGCUCCCAUAGUGACAGGCUACUACGCAUGAAGAGCCGAAGGAGAGAGGGGGAGAGACGAGGCACCUUUUCAGUCCGCGAGGCCAGCUCCUUGCGAGACGUCGUGGGUCAGCUUUUCCUGGCGAGGAAGGUCCGCGAUUGAGACUCGCUCAAGAUGUGCACCACGCCCAUGUGCUUGGCCCUACUACUCCUCGUGGGCGUGAAUGGAGCUGCCGUCGUGGGCGAGGAUGAAGGCCCAGGCGGCUCGUGGGCGGCGUGUGAAGGGGCGGUCUGCUAUGAAGUUCUCCGGCAGACUGAAGGCCUCCACAGACUCAAGCUCCUCAGGGGGUACAUCAUCCAGACGAUGCGCUUGAUGGACAAACUCGCGACCACCAUGGACGAGGAGUUGAUUCAGGCGGGAAGGGAAAUGGCUGACUUCAUUGGACCCAAAUGCGAGGCGUCGCAUGCCUUCCUCAGAGACAUCAUUGCGACGUCAGCGGCUGCUGAUCGAAGUGAUGUCAACGAGAACUUCUCGUCGACGUCACAGCGAGAGAACCUGAUCGAAGAGGAUGGCGACGACGAUCGAUGGACCGCACAGACUUCCUCCACCGCAACAUUUAGAGAUGAGAAUGACUACGACUCACAGGAAGACGACCUCGAGCAAUCUUCCAGCUUUAUGGGUCGCGGCUUCAGCACCCAGAGCACAACCAACAAAGUCAAAGCCCAUGGCAAUGGCGGUAAAGACCUAGGGGGAGGACCACCCCAGGGCUCUCCAAGGCCGCCUUACGUUCCCCCAGAGACGCCAGGCACCACAGACUGGAGGGGAAGGGGCAGCACAGAGAGAGGUCGUCAUACCUGGUCAGAGGGGAACAGAGGUCACCAUGGCGGGUCAGGCUGGAGAGGAAGUCAUCACAGGGCUGAGAGCACCACGAGCAGGAAGUAUUAUACCGACGCUAGCGGAAGUACUGGGUCAGGCUGGGGCGGUGCCAGUGGGGGAAGAGGCGGUACGGGGUCAGGCUGGGGCGGUGCCAGCGAUGGAAAUGGAGGUACUGGUUCAGGCUGGGGCGGUGCCAGUUCAGGAAGCACAGGGUCAGGCUGGGGCGGUGCUAAUGGAGGAAGCACAGGGUCAGGCUGGGGCGGUGCCAACGGGGGAAGUGGAUGUAAAGGAGUACCACCUGGCUCUCCGAACUGGGUGCCAGGACUGGACCAGUGGUGUGCUCAGAACUGCCCUACUGGUUACUGUCCCGAAGCUCAGUGUGUGUGUUGAACCCUCUGAAUCUUCACGGCGCAACCAUCUUUGUAUUUUCUCUUUCCACCUGAAUGUGUUAACAAUGGUAUUUCCGUGGCAUAUGUUUUUUUAACAGUGUAUUUAAAGCCCAUGAUUUCAGUUAUGAUUAUACCUGUAGGUUGAAACAUUCUAUACGAAUUCUAUACUAUACUAGAAAUAUG